AUGCCCAACCUAUUUUCGGGUCGCAAGAAAGAGAAGUAUAGCCAACGUUUGGGGGAAGACGUCAACACUGCUUUGAGCAAGGCCAGCAGCUACCGCAUCGUGGAGCAAAGAAUCCAUCCAGACCAAAAUUCGCUGGCGGAGGAGCUAUCGGCUUCGCAAGGGCACGUAUUACACAUAUAUGAUCCCAACACCAUGACGGCGGGGAAGCAUGCUCCUCGAGCAGCCGCUCCACCCAGCGCAUCGGAUUUUGUAGGGCUGGAACCGAGCUCAAGAAGGCGCUUUCCAAGAUCAGAAGAAUUCGGCGAGCACAACAAGGAGCCUCGUCAGGGCCUCUUCUGGUCCAGCAGCCAGCACCUGUAUGCUUCUUGUUCAGGCAAGGAAGUAUAUGCUGUACAAAGGAACCAUCCAGAGGUACACGCAAGGGACACCCUAUUCCCCCUGGCCCUUCCCGUGCACAUCGAGCCGGUUUUCCAAGAACCCCCAGGUCAAGAGAUGCAACCAAGGUCUAUCUCGAGACGUGCAACAUUCGGAAGGAGACCAGAUAACUUGAUUUCUGAAAUGACGACAAACACGCGCAGCUCUUCGAGAUCAGCCAGCCAAUCCAGCCUGGGUCAGGCCGGGAGUAUAAUAACCUAUUGCUCACAAGCCACUGCAGAUAACGAACCUGAAACCCCAGGCUCUCAUACUCAUUCCUUUUACAGCUCCAUGCCAUAUCUGCGCGAAACACCACCCAAUCCAGCUGAAGCACCGUUACCAUCUCCGCAUACCUUUGGCAUGCCCACACCACCUCAAGUAGAGCAAAUCAUGGGACAUCGAGAGGCGAGUUCGUACUUCAGUUUCAGGGAGGUUCCACCUCCUUUACCUCCUCUUGAUCACCCUGCUUUCCGAGAAUCGACGAAUGUCCUGGGGUUCUCUUCGACCCUCUCGCAGCACAGCAAGUUCGCAAGACACUCCCAUUCACUCCCAUCCCUCGCCCGUGCAAGAGGACACAUAAGAGGCGGCGGAAUUCAAAGAGGCACAGCUACAAGACCAAGAUCAAAAUCUAUCGCUGACACAAGCAAGCCAGUCAGAAAAGAUACUCCAGCAGCAGUCGAUGCAAAGCAAAGGUCUCAUUCGCGAUCACAAAGUCAGAGCAGCGUGGGCAGCAGCCGAAGGUCCAGCGCAGAUUACAGUGCAAAACAGGCUUCUUCACUCGCUGGCGGAUGUUGGGAGGUCGACGUUUCCAAGGCGAUGAUAAGGCUGGCUUUGGUGCAAGGAGAAGUACAAGGAGGUGGUGGAAGUCGAACUUUCGCGCGAGGCACAAAUACUACUUCCUUAUCCGGAAAGGCACGCGGGGACAACCAGUUAGGAGCGAGGCUGGGUCUGGGAUCACCGUUUUUCUUACAAGAUACCCUCGCGCAUAAGUUAUCGGGUAGACACCUAAGCAAUCGCGCAAAACCUAGUCCUAUAUUCGGCUCCAGUAACACCGGGAAGACCGCCACCAGGAGCUCGCGAGACGACAUUGUCAUGUCCCAUGGAGAGUCCGAUACGAUGACACCUGCCGCAGGCUCCAGGACUAUAGCACGGUCCAAAGAAAUGCUUGGGAGUGAUACCCCUUCUCCACAAGCCACCAGACCGCGACGCGGAGGAAGGACGAACAGCACACCAUCUCCUGUGCGCACGUCUUCUCAGGCACCCAAAAAACUUGAUACCGUGCCCGCCGUCGGGUCCAAUCAAGGCUCCUCCUCGCUCCUCGCUCCUCCAACCCUGGCUCUCAUCGGUCCUACCCCAGAGGCGUCUCCCGUGUCCCCGACACGGCGCUCUCAUCACAAGUCGUCGCCAACCGUACCUACCCGAUCCGCCCUCCGCCCUCCAAGCACGCCACCUGUCGUAGAAAAAUCGUUAUCGAGCGGAUCUUCGAAGAGAAAGGCAGAAGAAGCGGGAGUUGGUGGCGACAAGACCCCACCGAAAGAGGGAAAAGAGCACAAGACCACCUUCGCGCCUGACCCACGAAUUCAUCGAGCUUCUGGCACCUCCUCUCUGGGACAUGCUCCAUCAUCCUACCAUCGAAGCAAGCGUGUGCGACUGUCAAAUGGCUCGGACGGCAGUCCUCCCAAUGCCAAAAAUACUGGAUCAUGGUCGAGCAAAGGCAGCCACGGAGUAAUGUCUGGAUCGUCUCAUACACCAGGCCCUCCUGUUGCGCCGUCAGCAAGCUAUGCCGCGCAGAGCCAGCAACAGGAAUCACUUAGAGCGUCUUCCAGACGAAGUCUUUCACAGGCAUCCAUCCCCCUAUCUGCCUUGGUAUCACCCCACGCCCCGUCUAUCUCGCAUUCUGGCGCCUUUCACAUGCGUGACCCACGCAAGCCUCCGCCAAUACGGAGCACACCCUGGUCGCUAUCGUUCCCUUCUUACGUGCAGGAAGGCGAAUCCAGGUGGGCGUUCGCUGGGUGGGUGGAAAGAGGUGGCAGUCCGUUGCACGCUUGGAUCUUUUUUAUUGGGUUCAUUAUAUUCCCGCUAUGGUGGGUCGCUGCACUGUUUAUUCCUAUUCCAAGAACUAGAAGGCUCGGUGGCACGGAUGCGGAGAAAGGAGUUGUUCUGGACGACCCACAGGUGGAACAUGACGCACACUCGUGGCGAACACGAUGUCGUGUCAUGGCGGGUGUCUCCUUCAUCACAUAUAUCCCAUUCAUCGUUCUCGUUGCUGUCUUUGUAUCAUGA